UCCAAAUGAAUGCUUUUGGUGCAGCAUCUCAGCUCUCUGGGCCCACCAGCAGCUCUCUGGUCUCUUUCUCUGUCCAUCAUGUGGUUCUCUAUGCCAGGCUCUCUUCUUUUGCCAGUCUCUGUGACUUCCUCUUCCUGCCAGCCACUCACUAGCUGCUGUGUCACUUCCUACUGCACUCAACAGCUGGUUGCUAGGUAACAGCUUACAUUACACAGACAAAGGCUCUGUGUUUCUGCCCUUACAGGGAUAAGAGCAAGGGGUUUGCACUAAUUCCCUACACAUAUUACAGACAGGAGUUCAUGUAGUGCCUAUUAUCCCACUUCCCCUGUGUCAUACUUGCAGGCUGGCUCCAGGCAAGCUGUUUUCUGUUUCCUGUUCCUCCUGAGGACCCGAAUUAUCUGUGCUGUGAUUGGACAGGGGUGGGUUCUUCUUGCAUUAUCCAAUGACUGAAGGUCUUUAUUGUGCAGGCUGUAGAUGAGCAGUCCAGUCUGAUGCUUGCAGGAGGCCCAGCUAAAUCAAGUGCAGUAUGGCCGGGCCCUCCCUCAAGACCCAAAACCCACCGGGCCCGGGACAACUGUCCCCCCUAUCUCCCCUUGAUGGCAGCCCUGCAUAACGUGAUCACUCACCAGCAUCGCUACUGCACCCGCUGCCAAACAAAGCCCCCCAUAUUAAUUGGCUUUUACACUGCUCACUCUCCCAGCUCCUCUCCACUGUCUCCCACUCUCCUACAUGCUUUCCCUGCAAUUGUGCCUCCCCAGAAGCACCAGAGACAUAUACCUCUGCUGUCUGACACCCAAACAUCUGUUCAUUCAAAACUCCUCCCCGUUAUUUGCUGCCAGCACCCCCAUUCCAUUGCUCCAUACAGAGAGGGAGGUGAGGAAGCAGUGGGAACAAUGCUAUUCUCCCAAAUUGCCCCCCCACUUACAUUGUACCCUAGGCACCUGACUACCUGUAGUUCUGGCCCUACCCCCCAUGUAUGUUGUUUUAAUGGAGACUUCAAUGCCUCAGUCAUCACACACCUGUGCAACAAGCAGGUAGAAAAGACAGAUUACCAUCUAAGUACAAGAAAGUGUGUGCUUCAACCACCUUUCAAAGACCCUUUUCGGGGAGAGUGCAGAGCAGUUCAAAGACCCUUGCCAGGUGGUUAAACAUAUAAUAGAGAAGAAAUCACUGCAGCACCUCUUUGUUGCAAAAGUGAUAAAGUUGUGUUUAUUUGGUCAGUAACCAACAGGCAAUGUUUCGGGCUUAAUCUUGCCUUUUCUCAAGCCUUGGCUCAAGUAAAAUAAACACAUCUUUUUCACUUUUGCAACAGAAAGGUUACCAUCUGCCACAGCAUUACUUCUGGUGAAUCACAUGCACGGAUUGAAUGGGGUUUUAUAGUUUUUGUUACGCAUUGAUUGGAGACGGCAAUGGAGAGAUAAAAACUUUUAAUAGGGCAAGCUUCCCAUAAUGGGUGAAAUAUUUAUUAAUAUGACCAUUGGCUCUAUGGCUGAUGAAUGAGUAUAUUUCACUUAUAUCUAGGUCAAAGUGAAAUAUUUCCCAAUUCACCCAAGUGUUUGUUUAAUAGAAAAACCCCUGGAGAAAAAUGGUUGUAAAAGAGUUGAGCAAGAAAAACACCAUAGAAUAUGAUGCCUGCAAGGCCACCAAAAGCAGUCCCACUGUGUGUUUGAAUAAAAUGUAAGCUUAGACUUGUUAAGAGAGAUGUUUAUAAUUGGUUUCAUAAAAUCCUAUAUUGUUUUAAAAGUCUUGUGCAGCUCAGAUUAGAUUAUGGAACCAAAAUGAUAGUUCAUAUGUAUCCCAAUGCAUCACUCUAUGCACUAUACACUGUAAGGCUCAAGCAGCCUCAUACCAUGCAGGUCCCAACUGUCACUGAUGACCAGUAACUGGACCAGUUCACUUCCUGACUUUGUGCCAGUGAGGAGCUUAAUUCCUAGGAGAUUCUCUUUGGAGAUUUGGCAAUUAUUUUUCAUUAGAGAGAGAGAGAGUGAGAGUGAGAGAGAGAGAGAGAGAGAGAGAGUGAGAGAGAGUGAGAGAGAGAGAGAACCUUCUUUUUAGCAGGAAAGUAAGAAGAAAAGGAAAAGAAGAAUCUGCUGAGAAGAAGACAACAUGGAUUUGAAGAGGAAGAGAAGCAGUGGUCCAGAGGAGGAUUUCUCUGGAAAAAUAAGGCACUGCGAGAAGAUAUUAAAUGCAGAAGAAGAAUGGUAUAUAAAGAAGAGAUCAAGAAGCCCGGAGGAGUACUCAGCUGAUGGAAGAGAAGAGAAAAGGAAUAGAGUGGAUGCAAAAACACCACCGCCACUCAGUAUUACAAACUACAGACUCGUGAAACAGCUGGGGAAAGGCAACUUCGGCAAAGUGAUGUUAGCCUCGUAUGCCAUAAAGGACCAACUUGUGGCAGUCAAAAUCAUGCAGAAGAAAACUGGGAAGGAAUUCAAAUACGUCAGAAGAGAAGCCCAGGUUCUACAGUUAGGCAAAGAAUGCCCAUUUCUAUGCCGGGCAUUUACAACCUUUCAAACUCAGUCACAUCUGUUGAUGGUACUUGAGUAUGCCAGCGGAGGCACACUUCAAACCGUUAUAAAGCGGCAAAAGAUCAUGAACAGCCAGAAAAUACUGUUUUAUUCAUCGGAAAUAGCAGUGGGUUUGCAGUUCUUGCAUGCUAAAGGGAUUGUUCAUCGAGACCUCAAGCCAGAAAAUGUUUUUAUUGAUAAAGAAGGCCAUAUUAAGAUCGGCGAUUUUGGACUCGCCUGUGAAAAUACACCUGGCCAUAAGACCCGUUAUGGGCUUUAUGGCACGCCAGGAUAUAUAGCCCCAGAGAUUUUGUCAGAGGACCCAUAUGACUCAGGUGCAGACUGGUGGUCAUUAGGGGUCAUUGUAUAUGAAAUGGCCACCAGCAAGUUACCCUUUCCACCAGAGAGAAACUUAAGACAACUGCUGUACACGAUCAUCUAUGAAAAGCCCAGAUAUCCAAAAUCUCUUGAACCUGAAUUGCGUGACCUCCUUCAACAACUCUUGCAGAAAAACCCUGACACUCGCCUUGGGGUCUAUUCCAACAUUCGGAACCACCCAUUUUUUUCAUCGAUUGACUGGGUGAAAGUGGAAAGAAGACAACUGGUUCCACCUAUGAGACCAAAAAUUAGAUCAGUUGCAGGGCUCAGCAGUAAGAACAUCCCAUUCCCAAAAGAAGACCCAAGGGAAACCAGUGUGCUUGAAAACUUCAACUAUGUAGAUCCGAGCUGGCAAGAAUAGUUCAUCUUUGUGCCACUGUAGAAGACAUUGUUUUCAUCCUGAAGCAACCUAUUGGGUAAAGUAUAACAUUCUGGCAUUGACUAAGGUAAGUGAAUGGUGUGUUUCCAUCCCAAUGCUGUUUACACCUUCAGCUUCUUGCAGAUUUAAGCGCUGUUCUGCAUUACCUUAGAUACCCAACAGGUUAGGCUGCCACCCAAAAAGGAUGUAUUCAUCUGACGUAUUAGAUCCAGAUUUGUAGGAGUGUAAGGCAGCCACCAACACCGGAACAAGAACUUGUAGCUGCCUUUAUUUGUUCUUGUAAAGAUUUAAAGCCACUAUAAAAAUACCAACUGGCUAUUUGUUACAGUUCUAAGUUAAAACAAAAACAAAAAAAACAAAAAAAAAAUCCCCCCCAUGUUACCCGUGUUAUCCAUCCUCCCCAUCCUCCCCAUCUUCCCCACCUCCCCUUUAUAGUAUAUGCUAUGCAAACCUGUUGCCUCCAUACAUCUAUAUAUGACCUGUGGU